AUGGGUUGGUUCGACGGCGACUCCGAGCAGGCUUCUCACCACGAGCAGUGGAACAACACCGAGCCCCGUGAGCACGACCCCAGCUUCGUCCACGAGCUGCUCGCCGGUGCCGCCAGCUACGAGGCCGCUAAGGCCUACGAGCAGCACGAGGAGCGCGAGGGCAAGGCCCCUAGCCACGAGAAGGCCAAGGAGAUCAUGGCCGGUUUUGCUGGUGCCUUCAUCGACCGUGAGGUUGAGACCAAGGGUCUUGACUUCGUCGAUAGUGAGAAAGCCAAGUACCAGGCUCGUCAGCACAUCGAAAACGUUCCCCGCGAGCGCACCGGCUGGUAA